AUGGAAGAAAUACAAAGAGGAGUUUCAAAAGAAGAUUUAUCAAUGUUGCCAUUGUUCUUACGUGGUAAGGUAAUAAAGGGAUUCGGUAGAGGUAGUAAAGAUCUAGGCUGUCCUACUGCCAAUCUACCUACAGAGUCAUAUGAGGCAACUAUUAAAGAUAUUCCGAUCGGUGUAUUCUUUGGCUGGGCCAACGUAAAAGGCAUCGAUUCAGAGUCGGUCAUUCACAAGAUGGUAAUGUCCGUCGGUUGGAAUCCAUUCUACAAGAACGAAAAGAAGACACUCGAAAUACAUAUAUUGAACCGAUACGAUCGUGAUUUCUACGGUGAGCAAGUCAAUGCUAUUGCCACUGGUUUCAUUAGACCGAUGUGCGAUUUCAAGAGCUUAGAAGGUUUAAUCAAAGCGAUCAACGAUGAUAUUUCCUAUGCAAGUGAGCAACUGGAUACAGCCGAACAACAAUUAUUUAAAUCACAUCAAUUCUUUAGUCAUUGCUGCAAUGAAUCUUCAACUCCACCCUCACAAGAAGCAAUCGAUAGUACAGAAAAUGAAAAUAACUCGAAUCAUCGAGAUGUAUUAUCAUUUAAAUUAAAUUAA